ACAUCUGUUAUUCAAAGAGGCACAAUGUACCAGACCUUGCCACCGUCGCACAAGUGAAGGAAUUUUCGAAGCGCCUGGUGAGUUCCCACCCGAGGAAUUUGUGGAUGUGUGCUCCGAGCCGAGAAAAAAAUCACUCCAUCGAGUAACUACUGGCUCCUAAAAAGUGCUAAUUGGCUGAAAAAUUAGAUUAAAGUGCAUAAUGGAAAACCCCUAGUUCGUUAUAACUCCCAGUCCCCUGAAGGAUCGAAGUGAAAGUGCGCUGCAAUCUAUAAAUACUCCUUGGGUAGUGACUACACCAAGUCACGACAGAGCAACCACUUCCACUUGCUCCUGCGACCAAGUGCGUGUCGUCGCUGGCUCAUUGGUUUCGCCUUGGUCUGGUCUAGUUUUUCGGAUUGCCAUGGAGGUGUAGAAGUAUACGCAGCACGCCGACCACUGCGCAUGCCACAAAACCCGGACCCCAGCUCACAUCCCCUGCAAUCGGGGCCAGCAGAAAAGCUGAGGGGCGGAAAAAAGUGGGAGGAACAGCAGGUGACACCUGCAGCAACACCUGCACAAGGGAAUCCAAGGAUUACACGAAAACCCAAACCAAAUCUCGGAGAAUCUAGAACCUAGAGGCCAUAUCAAUAAUGGCGGCUGUGGUACAUGGAUGCAGCAGUCCGCGACAGCGAUCCUGCAAUGGCAGCAGUUCUCCAGGUGGUCACCACGGGUCCACGCCCUCCUCCGCCUACCCGACCAUGCCCAAGUACUCGAGGACCGCCAGUCAGACACUGUAUGCCACCAGUCAGCAGAUAUUCGGCGGUGGAGGCGGUAUGGCGGAUGCGAGUUACGCCUACGGAAUGUCCUCCUCCGGCGGACAGCGACCACUAUCCGCUUCCGCGCUGCCAGAAACGGCGGCGGCCAGCCGGAACUACUGGGGUCAUCACAACGCCUUCUAUCACACGGGCAGCAGGCAUUACAGCAAGAGGAAAUCCGCCGUGGAGCUGCUGGCGGAGUCCAAGCCGUUCUACAUUAAAUCCGAGGCGGUUUUCGAGCGACUGCAGCAGGCGAGCUAUCGCAAUGGAGGCGGUAACAACGGAGCUAGUGGGAAAAGAGGUCGUCGGCCGGAGGAAUCGCAUGGUCACCACUACGACCUGGAGGACAGGCGGUACAUGAGCCUCAAUCUCAGUCGGCAGCAGCAGGUGCAACAGCAGGUGCAGCAGCAGCAACAACAGCAGCAGCAGCAGCAACAGCAGUACCUGCACAACCACCAUCCCCACCCACACCAGCACCACCCGCACUCCCGCCACGCCCAAGGCCAAGGUCAAGGACGAAACGGAGGCGCUGCCGUGAACAACAACCUCCUGCAGCACAAGCUGCGCAUGCUGCUGGGCUCGGAGUCGGGCAAGGAGCGCAACGGCGGCACCUUGAGGCGCCACGAGAUGAGCGACGGCAGUGCGGAGCUACUGCCCACGGACUACGGCGAGGAGGAGAUGGGCGGUCAGGCGGGCGCCCUGAGGAUCCCGCCGCCCCUCUACAUGCCCACGUCCCACGGCUUCGGGCGGGAUGGCGAGGAACCCCUCGUCCUUACCGAGAACUAUCGACCCAUUAGCCCGCCCGCCGAGUAUGCUGCAAAGUCGGGACAGGCUCAUAACGAUCGAUAUAGAUACAACUACCAGCGUUCGUACUCGCACUCCCAUGAGGUUCCCAACACGGGCGAGGAUCGCAGUGCGCCCUAUCCCUCCGGCGACUUCAACAUCAAUAGCCACAAGUCGCUGCCGGAUCUGCACACCCAGAUAAGCCGACACUCGCCGCACAGCGAGAUCCUGAGCUGCUGCAGCCGUGGCAAUCGAUCGAUCAAGUCCGCCGGCGAGUCCUCGAUAAACCGUGACUCCGGCGGCAGUUCCGGUCACUACACCCAUCGCAGCGAGCCCUGCUACAAGCGGGAGCGACAGCGGGAAGUGGCCGGCAGUGCGGCUCCGGCAAGCGGUACGAUCAAGAACUGCUGCACCCUGGUGGCCGCCACUCGCAGGGACAGUGGCUCGUCCACACAGCACAGUGCCAACUCCUACUGUGGCUAUGUGACGCCCGCCGGCGAUUAUUCCGGCAUGGGUGGUGGUCGGAAUACGGAGUGCUUGGAUUGCCGCUGCAAACAGGACACCACAAUGGGCUCGGAUUAUCUGCUGAACUUCACGCCCACUCCGGAGGUUCCAGAAGCCUUUCAGGAUGACUACACCCCGACGCCGCCAUCGCCCAGGCUCAAGACCCAGACGCCACGAUACUCGAGCUCCUCCAGCCAGCAGCUGCACACCAGUUCGCAGGGCUACACGAGCAUCAAUCACUCGCAGAGCUCGCUGGUCCAGAGCCCCGGAUCGGCGCCAUCCGUGGACGACAUCAGUCCACCGCCCAUUCAGUUCAAGAGGCAGCGGUGCAUCCGCUUCAAGAACAGGAAUCGGCUGCCAGUUCAAGGAGAAAUGGGAGGACCACCAGGAUCAGGAGGUGGUCUCGUAGCACCAGGUUCAGGAGGAAUGGGCACGGCCAGCGGCGUCCUGGCCGCCUACAAACAGCAUAGGGGCAGCGUGGACCACGAGAAUGUCUUUUUCCCCAAAGGUUUCUCCUCGGAGGUGUACCACAAUAGCUUGGACAUGGAAAGGGAGGCUCUGAAUGCCAGCAUUUCGGAGCUGGAGAAGUUCUUCGAUCGCCUGGGACUGAACGACGAGGCCUUCCACGAGAUCUACAGCCAACCGAGGAGGCACCACUCGGAGACGGAUGACGCCUCCGAUGAUUCCAGCACUGUUUUCUUCUCGGACGUGAGCACCGUGGACUCGAUGCGAUUGCCGGACAGCACAGAAACCCAGCCGCAGGCCACUCAGGCGUAUAGACCCUCGGAACCGCCGUCGAUUGUCGAGCGGAAUGCCAGGAUCAUCAAGUGGCUGUGCAACUGCAAGAAGAUGCAGUGCACCUGAGAAUCGCCGGGGCAGUGCAGCUGCGGAUUCGGAUUUGGAUUCGGACGCUAAGCGCUCCACUGAUUUAUGGAUUCCACACGACCACCCCGUUUAGCACACGACUGCGAAUUAAGCAAAAAGUAAUACAAAUCACAGAUGGGUGGGUGGGUGAAUCGGUGGGCCAGCAAGGUCGCCAUAUGGACGAAAAGUAAUCUAUCGAACAUAUAGAAUAUAUUUUCAUUUGGCUAACAAACUGAUUGCAUAUCCCUAAAAGAAAAGCAGUACAUAUGCAAUUGACUUUUUAAAACUAAUAGUCCGAUUUUUUUUCAACCAAUUUAGAGCCGCAAGAAUCAAAGGAUUUAAUACAAUGUACUCAAAAAAGAUUAUUAUACAAAUAUUGCCAUACUAAUAAUAUAUGCAGAAACUAUUUCAAUUCAUUUUUUAAACAUGCUAAAACGAAGCGAAAAGUGUAAACACAUUUCAAAUAGUAAAUGGCAUAAAAGGGCUACAAAUAUCACUACAACUUUCCUAAAAAAUACCUGCAAUUGCUGUUACUUUUUAAAUUACAUAUUGAAUUCACAAAAAGGAGAUUACUUUUGGCCCCUAUGCUUUGCUACACCAAAACAAUCACCCACCUGUCCACAAGAACACUGCUCAAAAAGUCAAGUUAAGUCAGUUGAAUGUUUCGAACAUGAUUAGCAUGGUUAGCCUCACCUACCUGUACAAUGGAACUAGGAAUUACGAGCAGGAGUCUCGAUUUUGGAUGUGAGUUUCUCCUCUUUUAAGCUGCGCCCGUUCUCGCGCAGAUCAAUUACGCCAUUGAUAUUUGUAUUGCCAACGGUAAUGAUAUUGUCUUACGUAUACUAAUCAACUAGCAAGCGAUCGUUCAUAUUACUCUUAUACACAGCGGUAUUAUUAGAUGAAUUAUUGUACAAUUAGUUCUCGUAACUUAUAUAUACUUACAUAUUAUACGACUAGUUGCCAAACCAGAAACACAGACAGUACACGAAACCACUAAAAACCACAAAUUGAAAUUGAAAUGAACCUACCUAUUUAUGUAAUUGUACAUGGUUUGCAUGGCGAAUAAAUAAAAUAUUUAUGAUUAUCAAAUUAAUUGAAAUAUAUAUAGAAAAUCAAUGGA